UAGGUAAACUUGUAGUAUCGUAAAAGUGAUGCAGUACAGAUUUGUACAUAUCUACGUGACUGUCAUUGCCAAGUUAUGCAAGGGAAAAUAAAAAUAACAGUUUACUGACUUUUGUGUGGAUAAAGUGUUCUGCGUUUUUUUUUUUUUCAUUCACAAUUUUAUUGAAUUUUUAAGGCUUGAGUGGAGAAAGUAAAGAGAAAAUUGAGAUUUUACUCACAAUAUGUCGAAAUACACAUUGAGUUUGAGUCAUGGAAAAGUUGAAUGACUCCGAAAGGUGGUGACAUUAAUUUUUGACGAUUUUUAUCAAGAUCCGACUUUUACCCAUGGACCUGCAGAAAACAGGAAGAUGAUGUUCAGAUAGCAGACUGGGUUUAGUGUUCAAGUUUUUCUCAAAGAUUUGUAUAUAUAGUUGUGGCUACUGCUGCACCAGUCUACACUAUGUCAGACCCUGAAGAGAUUACCAUUGUUGUUCACAGUGCCAAAGGCAUUAAAGGGAAGAAACCAGGACGGCACAAGUUUUCUGUGAUAUUUGGUCUUGGUGGAACAAAGUUCCGCACAGCAGUGGUGAAAGAUCCAGAUGGUAAUCCAGACUGGAAUGAAGAAACAGUUGUGCAUGUUUCAAAUGUUUUAGAUCAAGUGUUCUUCAUUAUAACGGAAAAAGAUGAUAUUUUAGGACAAAUCAGUAUUCCAGUGACUUCUCUUAAAGCAUUAAAGGGCCAGGCAAAACAUAUGCCACUACAACCCCACAAGAAGUGCCCUUCUCCUCAAGGAGAACUUGUCUAUCAGUGCUAUGUUUCUAAAUAUAGACCACCAGGCGAUCAUCUGCCAAUUAUUAAGGGUGUCACUCAGACGCCUCAGGAUGUUCAACCUCGGUCAGCAUUCCAGCGCUUGCGGAAACGUAUGGCAUCACCUGUAACUCAGAGGCGCAACAAGAAAGACGAUAAAAAAGAUACAAAAUCUGGAUCUUUAGCAAAUUUUAACAAGAAGUUUUCACGAUCUAUACAAGAUCUUUUCUCAUUUAGUAAAUUCAGUGCCAGUGAAUCCAUUAACGUUGACGACAACGACUCAAUUAGUAGUAAGUCGAGUCAGAAGAAAGAUAAAAAUAAGCGAAGAUUCAGCUUGAGUUUUCUCAGUGUGAGUAACGAUUUAGACAAAGCGGGCGAUGACCCACUGAUAACUAGUUGUACUCCGAAUUCAGGUCCCAUUGAUCAACCAACUAGACUAGCGAUCGAAGGAAGAAAUUUAGGGGUCGGAAAGUCGGAUAUUUUAUCGCUAAAAAUAGCAGGUUGUGAUUGUACAGACACAAUAGAAUUUGAAUCGUCGAGCAGGAUUUACUGUACGACUCAUUUCUGGAAAGUGUGUAAAGGAGCAGUGAUAAUUGAUACAAUAUCAGGUGGAAUAGGAACAUUAAAAGAUGGAUUUUGUUUUUACGAAGAACUUGAUGCGAAUGAAAACUCAAGUACAAAUCCAUUUGAAAAUGACAUGGAUGAAAAGAAGGAUCAGUUGGGUUCUGGUCAAAAUGAACAGAUAGACUUCUCUAUAGGGGGAAAAGAGAUCAAGUCUGGAUCAAAUACUGUACCUAGAAUCAGAAACUCCGCCAUUGUUGCCACUAGCACUCCCAAUCGUUCCCCAGCUGCUUCGACACCCGUAUCUCAAGGUCGCUACCAAAAGAAGCAUACUAAAAGUGCAAGUGAGACAAAGGCGUUAGCUGUCAGUCAACCACCUGUUGAACAUGUGUCAAAGGAAGAACUACAGUCAAAGAUAGUCCAGCUUGAAGAAGAAAAUGCAGCAUUAAAGAAGGAUAAUACAGAAAUGAAGUCAUACAUUGAUAAACUUGUUGCAAAGUGCAUGUUACACUGUCCAGAGGCCCUUGCACAGGAGGACGAUGAAAAAACAAAAUUGUUUGUGCUCUGAUGAGGCCCCCACCUUCUGACGAAAUACAACUGUAUACAGGAUUCUCAUUGGCUGAAAUUUUUAUAAGAGCCAUGUGAAAAAGUAACAGAAAUGUAAAAGUUUAAACAGUUGUUUAAAACUGUGAACAGCAGGUUGAUAUGUGCAAUGUGCUACAAGUAAAUUACAAUAUGAAGGACACACAGGUCCAAAAACUGGUACAUCCAUAAACCAGUUCUACCAUUUCAAACACCAGUUACACAAUGUUUGAAGAGUGAUAUCAGAAUGAUGAAUGUCAGUAUUAGUAUAUUUGAGGGCAAGAACACGGAAUCAUUCAUGAAUGGAUAAAUUUAGGCUGAAAUGACUUUGAAUGUAUGAGACAAAUUUAGACCAGGAAUUUGUAUAUGAAUUUUAAACAGAGCGGUUUUACUGUCCUCAGGAGAAGACAUUUUUAAUAUUAAGAGAAGAUUUAUGUUAUCAUGUAGGACACAAUAUCUGAGAUUUUAUUUUACAUAUUAGUGCAGUUGAUGCUAUAUUGGAUGAAACAGGACCCUCAUUAGAUUGAUCACUGUAUUGUACUGCAGGAAUAUAGAGUGGUGGAACCUAU